AUGGCCUUCUCCAGCUGGUGCUCUUUGAGCCUGUCUGAACGUCAAGCGUUGACUGACUUCUUGCUGGCUGAUGGUAUCCAUUUCCACGCAGUUCUCUUCAGCUACCUGCCAGAUUGCUUCGCCAAUGCACACAAGAACCACAAGGUGGGCUUGGCCUCGAUGCUCGUUCUGCUGGUGGAGCUGGUGGAAAUCACCUGGACCCAACUGGGCAUCAGCGUUUUGCCCCACCAGGUGGAGGUGAACCUGGUGGACCUGGCGGCCUUCACGGCGGCCGUGCGCAGUCGCAGCGUGUUCUUCUCGUGCCUGGAGAACGCGAGGAUCAACCAUUCGGGGAACAGCGGCUAUGUGCCACUUGGGGCGAAGGGAUGGGCGACCUCGGACCGUAGAGUCUCCAGGGUGGCUGAAAGAGGGAGGUAG